UUCAAAACGCGACGAGCCCGCUCGGCCCCCGUCGGCGAUGCGGCCGCAACGGCGGCGGCGGCGGCGGCGCUGAGACCUGAGGGUGCGUCAUCACUCCACGGGCGGGCGGACCAGCGAUGCCCGCGGCCUCCGCCGCCGUCCCCGCGAGGCUGAAGCGGGAGGACUGCCCUCGCACCAAGCACGACUCCCUCUUCUCCCCAUGGAAUGUUCUUGUCGGGCCUUCGGACUGGGAGGACCACGCCGCCGGCAAGGAAGGGGUCCAGAGGUACCGGGUGCUCAACCUCCCGGAGAACUUCCCUGGCCUCUACGAGCUGGGCGUCGCGAGGGCUUCCGAUGAAGGUAUUAGGGCUCGGCGGAAUGGACCCGGUGGCGUCGUCGUCGUGUACCUCGGGCAGGCUGACAACGUCAGGGCGAGGCUCCAGCAGUACGGCCGGACAGGGUCGCACUUGAACGCCGGGAGCUCGCUGUCGUCCGCUGGCAAAGCGGGGAUGGAUCCGCAGGUGACGGGGAAUGGGUUGUUCAGGGAAGUGUUCGCCAGAGGUUACUCCAUGGUGUUUCGAUGUGCUCUGAUGGGUAACAAACAACAAGCUGAGAAGACUGAAGCUCAGUUGCUGAGAGUGUUUGAUUAUGCAUGGAACAAGCUUCAAAAUAGUUCUUGUCGCCGUGAAGAAAUACUUAUCAAGUUAGAACAAGGAGCAGUCAAUCAUAGAUCGUCUCUGCUUAGAAGAGUACAGAACUUCAAACAGGAAAUGUUCAGAGAGAAAGCAGGUAUAAAGAUAAGCAGAAAUGGGCCUGCUGAUGUCUCAUCCGGCAUUAUGAAAAAUAUGCUCCCAAGAAUUCGUACAUUUGUUGGCUUCAGACCUCAGCUAGUUAACUCUGGUAACGAUGUUGACAAGGAAAUUGGUAUUCACCAAAAAAAGACCUCUGGAGGUAACAGUUGUUGCAACAAACAAGCACGUAAGUCUGAAGGAUACAAAGUAAAAAAAGUCGAUGUUAUGAAACGAAAAACUGUGCCAGAACAAGAUUCUAACACUGUUUGUGGAGUGAUGCUGGGAGAUGGCUCCUCUUGUCUUGAGCCUCCAGUACAAGGAAGGAAGCGGUGUGAAUUACACAAAGGUAGAAGACUAGGAAGAAUUACAAUCAACCCUAAAGGCUCCUCUUAUAGCUACCAAGUUGAGAUUCCAUCUGUUGAAUCCAUACCUCCACUAACUGAAAAUGAAAGCAAGUCAGAUCGUGCACCACAAACCGGUGAACUCCUCUCCAAACUUCUGCCUGCAACUGUGAAAGAACCAUCAAGGCCAAGGAAUAGCUUUGAAGCAAAGGAAACGGAAACCAGAGAAGCUCCUAUAGAAAAGGGCACACAUGAAACCUCUGGGAUCAUUAAUAUUUGUGAAGCAAAAGAACGUGACAACUCUGCCUGCAAUAACAAAGUAGUUUUAGGAAGUAAAACAUGUCAGCUGCAUAAUGGUUGCGAAGAAGAACAGUUUGAUUCAUUUGAAAAAACUGAUUUGCUCCAGAAUGAAGAAAUACUCCACAGAAUGGCAGGUGACAAGCACUGUGGAGAGGAGAUCUGUCAUGCUAAAUCUCAGUCCCUAGAGAAUCAGCCUUCCGGAAGAAUGUGGUUUGAGUUGAUCAAAUUGCAGAAUUCUACCAGCACACCGUCAUCAAAAGGCCUAGGAUGUCACAGAAGAGUAACUCCCGAUGUAGCAACUAUGUGUGGAGCGUUGACGGAAAAUGGAUGCUGCAAAACAACACCAAUGGCAGGAAGAGAAAGAUGCGAUGAGCACGAAGGAAUAAAGGUCACUGAUGCUUCGUCUGUACCAUUUUCGGGAAGCUCAGGAUGGCCAUCAAUCUGUGGUGCUCGAGCAUCGGAUGGUUCUCCCUGUAAGAACCAGCCAAUUGCAGGGAGAAAAAGAUGCCCGUUGCAUAAAGGCCAAAGAGCAUGUCGGACCCCUCAAUCGAACGAAUAGGCAUGAUGCUAAGUUGCUAUGGUUCAUCCAAUCGUUUGUUGUAAUAGCACCUAUGUAAGGAAAAACAAAACAAAGAAAGUUGAUUUUUUUUUUUACCCCCAGUUCUGAUUGCUUAUGCACUGCUGGCUCUAAACUAAAUAGACAGUUAAACAAACUCUGUAACAUAAUUUUUGUAGUGCACUCAACCUCUGUAAUCGAACAUCGCACACUUGCCAUCUAAUGACCAUAGGGUAUUG